CCAAGAUCCUCUACAUCACAAGCAUCGGAAACACUACACUACUAGUCUCUCGGCUUCUCUUUCGCUUUAAUUUAGAUCCUAUUUAGAAGAUGUCUGGCCGUGGAAAGGGAGGCAAGGGGCUGGGCAAGGGAGGAGCUAAGCGUCACAGGAAGGUUCUCCGCGAUAACAUUCAGGGAAUCACCAAGCCUGCGAUUCGUCGGCUGGCUCGUAGAGGUGGCGUGAAGAGGAUCAGUGGAUUGAUUUACGAGGAGACUCGCGGAGUUCUGAAGAUUUUCUUGGAGAAUGUGAUCCGUGAUGCUGUGACCUACACUGAGCACGCGAGAAGAAAGACGGUGACUGCUAUGGAUGUGGUGUAUGCAUUGAAGAGGCAGGGAAGGACUCUAUAUGGAUUUGGUGGUUAAAGUUUAAAGCUUUUUGAUGUAAUUAGUGAAUUAGAUGCUGUAUUUUGGGGAUUAUGAGUGUUAUGGUAGGAUAGCUAAUGGAUUGUGUAAUUCGUGCUUUGAAUUGCAACUUCAAUGAAAUUUCUGUUAAAUUUA